AUGGAAGAUAGAGAAGAAAUUACUCUAGAUAAUGAAGGAGAGGCAAUUGGUCCUACUGAUGAAGCUGUAAAUAACUUGAGCAAAUUUUUUGGCACAGUGGCAAGGAAUUCAGAUUUUUGUCCAUUAAUUUACACAAAUUGGAAGGGGAUUAAAGAUAAAGAAGCCAUUUGGGAAUAUGUUCAAGCUAAGUUCAUUAUUCCAACUGAAGGAAAGAGGAUAGUCCUUGCUCGUAUCAAUGACAACUGGAGACGGUAUAAGACCACAAUCAAGCAAAAUCAUUUUCUGCCAUACAAAUGUGUUAAUGAAAUGCUGAAAAAUCGUCCUAAAAGCAUACCUGAGAGUCAUUUUCGCAAGUUGAUUGCUUAUUGGAGAACUGAAAAAGUUAAGGCUGCUUCUAAGGAAAAUAAUGAACCACCUACUCAAGCAGAAAUGUUUGUUGAGACUCGCCAAAGCACAAAGGGAAAAUCAUUGGAUGAAGACACUUUGGAUGUUAUUGCACAUUUGCAAGCUGAGAAUAAAAAGUCUAAAGAAUCAGCAAUUAGAGCUUUUCAAUCCAUAUUUGGCAAAGAGAAGGCAGGGAGAGUGCGAUGUCACGGAAGAGUUACCACACCAACUUUGUUGAAGAAAAAUGAAGAAAUUGCCACCCUUAAGCAGCAACAUGCAGUUGAGAAAGCAUCAUUAGAGGGUAAAGUUGAUGUGAUGCAAAAAGAAGUAGAUGAACUAAAAUCGCUUGUUAAGAUGAUGUUGCAACAAAAAAGUUCAGGAGUGGACCUUGAGAUGUUAGCUGCUCAACUAGGAAGCACUUUAGGCAAUCCGAACAAUGAUGCGCAUGAGGAGGAAAACUAUGUUGAAGGGGAAAUCGAACUUGGUUAA